AUGGGGGAAAAGCGUGCUCUUCUUCAUGAGCCCGAUGAUACGCGUGCCCCUGCCAGAAAAGGGGCACGAAAAAACAACAUGGGAACACGUGGCAAGCCUAUUGAGCUACUCGACUCUGAUGAGGAAAUUGACCCUCAACCUGGCCCUGCGACUAGCAAUAGAGCUAAUGAUGCUCCUCAUCGCAACCAUGACAUUGACCCGCAAGCAGACCGAAACCUUCUAGUGGAUGAUGAUAAUUUUCAAGAUAAUCUCUACGAGGGUGAUAAUUUCGACAAUGGCCCCCAUCAGACUUCAGAGUCGGAACUGCCUACAGGCCUAUCUGAAAAGCAAUUUUUGGCUCAAAUUCUCGAGCUGUUUCCGGAUAUUGCUCACGACUACGUCGCCACGCUUUACCAAUCAAAUAUUGGUAAGGCAACUUCUGGCGUAUUUCCAUUUGAUGAAGUCCUAGAUGAGAUCGUGAGUAAUAGGUCAUAUCCAAAGGAGCGGGGUAACAAAGGAAAGCAACCGCUGCGAGAAUUAACAGCAGAAGAUCAUAAACAAAUGUACACGCGAACUGAUCGACCAGCUAUACUUGGUAGAGUACGGAACGCCAUUUUGGAGAUACUGAAGAGCGAGUUUCCAAAAAUCCCAGCUCAGUUUAUCCGAAAGAUCCAAUCGCAAAACAAAGGUCACCUCUACCCCUCCAGUAUGGCUCUUGUUGAAGCAAAGCAUAAGCAACCCAAACCUCGGGCCCAGGACACCAAGUGGAGACUUUCUAACCGACAAUAUUCUGCCAUUGCUAUCGAGUAUGGCGCCUUGAUUCCAGAUAUUGCAGCUCUAGAAGAUGAGUUGAAUGCGGCAAGGAACGCCCGCACCAAGGUGGCAGACGACCUGCGAAAAGUGAUAUCAGAAAAAGUGAACACUGCUGACUGCAGGGUUAUGGGUGCCAUUUCUGAAUGGUAUGACUUGUGUUUCGACGAGACGCCUCUGAACCGGGCCAUCUCUUGCAACGGUGAGGAUACUCACUACACAUGCUUUGGAUGUGCUAUAGACUACAUCGCUUCCGAAGCUGGACGGUCUCGAUGCAAGCUUAUCUGCCCUUCUGGCUGUGGAGGUGGGUUUACCGAAGUCCAACUACGUCUCGUACCAGGCCAGAAAAAGCUCGUUGAAAGGCUCCUCACACUGCAACGGGACCAGGAAAUAAGAGAAGCUGGUCUUGAUGAUGUGGUAAAUUGUCCAUUCUGUGACUAUAAGCAGGUAUGCCCAGACGUGAUGGAGGUAAUGACGCCACUUCUCGCUAAUUUACUUGCUGGCCGCUGA